GGGCCCACGUUGCGCCCGGGCUUCAGGCUUGUGUCGCGGGUGACCAGAGGGGGCGCUAGCGGGUCGAGGGAAACAGGAGAAGAAGAGCCGCUUUUCUUAAGGAGGAUGAUGGCUGUCAGAUCUUGUUUAGGAGUCAAGUUUGGCGUCUCAGGCCUUUUGUCCCAGCUGACCUCCAGCACGCGUCAUCAUGGCAGCAGACCGUGUGUGUCCCCCAUCCUGACCCCCCAGCACAGGAACACCUCCUCCUCCUCCACCUCCUCCAAGGUUAAGGUGGAUUUGGAUCAGAACACAGGUGUGGCGGUGAUGCACAUGCAGAGUCCUCCGGUCAACAGCCUCAGCUUGGAUUUCAUCACUGAGCUCUGCAUCAGUUUGGAGAAGCUGGAGAUGGACAAGGGCUGCCGGGGCCUCAUCAUCACGUCGAGCCAGCCCAAGGUGUUCUCAGCCGGCCUGGACAUCCUGGAAAUGUACGGCAAGAGCCCGGAGCGCUGUGGCGAGUUCUGGAAGUCCGUUCAGGAACUGUGGCUGAAACUCUACAGCUCCAACAUGGUCACCAUAGCAGCUGUUAACGGGUCCAGUCCGGCGGGCGGCUGUCUGAUGGCGUUGACGUGCGACUACAGGAUCAUGGCGGAUAAUCCCGCUUACAGCAUUGGUCUGAACGAGACGCAGCUCGGUAUCGUAGCACCGUUCUGGUUUAAGGACACGCUAAUGAACACGAUAGGCCUCCGAAACUCAGAGAUGGCUCUGCAGCUGGGGCUGCUCUACAAACCUCAGGAUGCCCUGAAGGUUGGACUGGUGGACCAGGUGGUGCCCGAGGAUCAGGUCCUCCCCGCCGCCGUAAAGUCGGUGAACAAGUGGUUGGCGGUUCCAGAACACGCCAGGCAGAUCACCAAGUCCAUGAUGAGGAAGUCGACGAUCGACAGACUAACGUCCAACAGAGAGGCUGACAUCCAGAACUUUGUCAGCUUCAUCACCAGAGAGUCCAUCCAGAAGUCCCUGCGGGGGUACAUGGAGCUGCUGAAGCAGAAGAAGGCCUAGCACGGCGUGGAGAGCAAGACCGUCAUACUCACGUUAGCGGGAAUGGAUGCAGCGCCCGGCAGGAGCCCGGGGUCGGGGUCGGGCAGCGCUGCGCUGUUCUCAUCGGCAGCAGCAGACCUCGGUGCCUGUUGUUGUUUCACAUUCAAGGACAAUAACACAACUGUCUCUGAUUUCCUGCGUUUGUGUUGUGCCGACUCUUCUGUGUCGUUCCUGUCUGAAGGUGCAGUUGUGUGGUCGGUUAAAGGUUUCCGGAGCAACCUC